AUGGCGGAGAUUCCAAUCGAAGAUGUUUCUUACGAAGAUUUUGGGCUUCUUCUCAGUACAAUCUACCCGAAAACAGUGUUUCCACAUGAUAAAACUGUCGAAAAGCUUCUGGAAAUGGCUGAUCGAUUCAUUAUGCCAUCAGUGAUUGGCCAUGUCGAAUAUCAUCUUCUCCACAAUACUAAAAUUGAAAAUGAGAAAUUGAUGUGGAUGGCUGAUGCAUAUGGAAUGAAAGAACUUCUAGAGAAGACUGUUCGUCAAACAAAUACUAUCGAAAAAGCGAAACUUUUGAAGAAUUCUCCAGAAUACCAGAAGUUGUCGAAGGAUGCGAAGGCGACUGUUCUCGAUCGGAUUAUGCAAUUGAUUUGA